UCUUUUCAGUGGCCAUAAUCAUCUUCGUAGUUUUGUGUUCAGUUCGUCAAAUCUAAGUAAAUUAUUUUGUUCUGUUUCUUUUGUAUUGUUUUACUUUUGUAAAGUGAACAGGUAGGGUUAAAUAAGACUAUUCUUCUUCCCACUUCUUUUUCAAACCAAUCAAUGACUGUAUGAUGCUUGAAUUAUCAUGUAAGUGAUAAAUUACUGCCUCCACCACUAAAACUGACCCCUAACCAAACCGGUUGUAAAUCACUUUUAUCACCGCUAGAUGGCAGCCCUCGACAACCAAAAUCAACGACUCCACCCUUCUAGUUACGUCACAUCAUUUGCGGAAGUAAACAGUCUUUCUUAGGACGUAAACUUUUUUCAUUUUUUAUUAUAUUUAAUCGUUAAAACAGCAGGUUUUUAAUCGAGUGCGUGUUUAUUAACGUGGUGACGCAGAUGUCCGCCUCUCCACCGGAAGAUUUAGUCAAACACUGGGAAAGCGAGCAGGAGCGUCUCAGACAGCAGGUGGUGGAGGAUGACACCGAGGACUGGCAAAGGAGGCCAGACUUCUUGGGCCUGCAGCGGGUCGGCGGCGUAGAUCUCUCAUUCAUCAAAGGGGAUGAAGUGAACGCUUGCGCCCAGCUCGUGGUGCUGAGUUACCCUGAUCUGGAGCUUCUGUAUGAGGACAGUCAGAUGGUGGCCCUUACGGCUCCCUACAUCGCCGGCUUCCUGGCCUUCAGGGAAACCCCGUUCCUGUUGGAGGCGCUGCAGCGACUGAAGUUGACCCGACCUGAACUCAUGCCUCAGGUCGUGUUUGUAGACGGGAACGGUCUCUUCCACUACAGAGAGUUUGGCCUGGCGUGUCAUCUGGGCGUGCUGUCUGGGAUUCCCAGUGUGGGCGUGGCCAAGAACUUGCUGCAGGUGCAGGGUGUGUAUAAGAAUGAAGAGCAUCAAUCACAGAUUGCUGUUCUGCAAACUGGAGGAGAGAGCUUCCCGCUCAUAUCCUCCUCAGGAAAGGUGCUCGGAAAGGCACUGAGAAGUUGUGACAAGAGCUCCAAGCCCGUGUACGUUUCUGUAGGUCACAGGAUCAGUCUGGACACGGCUGUGCGCCUCACACACUCAUGCUGCCGUUACCGGGUACCUGAGCCCAUCAGACAGGCGGACGUUCGCUCCAGAGAAUACCUACGUGUCCACUUCCCUGCUACGCAAACGUGAAUCAGAUUCUGAGUGGAGGAGAAAUCGCAUAGAUUUCAUCAUGCCUGGCCUGACACAGAAAAACCCCUCAGUGAUGCGUCUUGCGCUGCCUCGCCUCCCUCUGCCAGAGUGCCGCCGUGCUCCUCUCAAGUGCUGAUACAUUGCCGCCACCUGCCUCAUUUUUCACAAUCUCAUCAUCAAACAGACUGACACAAACCCCUGCGCACUCCUCAACGAUAACAAGAACAAUCGCUGAGCCCCGGGAACAGGAGACGGGAUGAUGGAGAGGACAAAUGGGUCUGUUGAUAAGUGGGAUGGAUAAAAUGUGGGGGCAGAUAAAAAAAGAACGAGCAGCUAAACAUGACUUUUCUUUAGUUUUUAAAGUAAGAAAUGAAAACUGAAGCUACAUCUUAUUCUUGUAAAAGAAAAGCUGCAGUUUGGCGUAGCUUAUCUUGUGUUGCAGCUUCAGGAUUUCAGCAAACUUGGGACGUCAAACUGUGUCACAGUUACUUACUCUGUGAUUUCAGCGGAGGCGCUGCUGGAGAAAACCAACAAAGAGCCGCUCAGAUUCCUGUUCCUGUAAUAAUAUCAGUGUUUCCAGCAGGUCUUUUACUGUAAACCGUGGGAGUCGCGUUGGACGUAAAGUCGGGUUAUUCAGCUGCGUUAAACAAGUUAGAUCAGAUUCAGUGGUGGAUGGUGAAUUUUAUUUUUAUUUGGGGGUGGGCCCAAUUUAACAGGUGUUGUGCCGAAAAGAGCAUGUCAGCUGAGAUUUAUAUGACCUGUUAUGAGGAGGGUAUGUAUAACGAGGUUUUUUAAUAAACUUGUACUAUUUACAUGUUUCUUAUCCAAUGCUUCCUUACAAAAUGGUAAUUAAUUGGCAGAUAAAUAAAAAAUGAUGGGUUUUUGGAAAAAUAAAUCUUUAAAAUAUAUUUUUUGAGUCACAUUCCUGUUUUUUUAAACCAACAGCAAAAUAGUUCAAGCAGGCAGAAAAAAAACAACAUAAAAGUACUCACUAAACAUGAGUCUGACGUGUUUAAAUAAAACGUGUCAACAAAAUAUUUAACUCAUCAUAUUUAUAGUCAAAAACAAGAUUUUUAGGAGAAACAUUGAUUAGAAAAGUGUUGACAUUAUGAAUUUAUUAAAAAUAACCUCAUUACUCAUAAUUCAAAUAGUUAAGGCUGAAAUUUGCAGUUGUUACGACUGAGCUGAUUUCAGGUGCGCAAUCCACGUACCACCACCAGGGAACGCCACAUCACAAUUCUUAUGCAUCACACCGACAGACGGUGACAGAAAAAUUGUUCAAAAAAACAUGCUUAAUAUUCACCAAUAUAUGCUAAUUCAGCUGAAAAAAAUAACAACAAAGCUAAUUUCAUGAAGUAAAAAGUCCUUCAUGAUAACAAAACUCUAUGAGAUGUACUCAGUUGCUCUCCACGGAUGGUGAACUGUGGAGGGGGGAUCCAAUGCGCGUGCACCAGUUAUCGUAGGUCUAUGGUAGAUUGCUGCGCCCAAAAGUAACUUUGCAUGAUUCGGUAGUGGUAAAAUUGUGAAAUAACAUUUUGAAACUACAGUUAAAUGCAGAUUAUACACAGCACUUCUAGUCUGUAUGAUGUAAAGAAUGUUUAGUUUAAUUUUCAUGUUGUUUUUUAUAUUUUGUGACUCCUAUGCUCUUAAUUUUCCUGUGAGACUGGUGGGGCGGCGCCCUAGCGCCCCUUAUGGACGAGCUCCCACUGAUCAGGUUCCUGAUAAUUUAAAUAAAUCAAAUUGGUCCUUGCAUUACUGAGAUCCUCAACUAGAGGGCAGAAGUCUUGAUAAUACAGCCUUUUUCUUAGGAAAGUAUUAAUCCUGUUGAAGAGGUAGAUGCGUUUGGCUUCACAAGGUUGAGGUUUCAAAUGUUGUGGAGCAUCUUCACUUCCUCUCACAAAUUCAGUAAUACUCCAAACUGGUUUGAAAUACUUUGGAAAUGACUUACUUGACCUUAUUUUCAUACACUGAUGUGCUUUAUCUUAGUUUCAUAUUUGAAGUGUUUGACUUUGGGCUCCAUGAAAUUGUCUCAAUGGGUGUGAGUGAGUGUGCUAAGGUAUUGGGACUUACCAACCUACAAUUCAGUAAAUAACAGAAAACAUCUGCCUUCGUAUUUGAGAUAAAGCGCUUCAUAAUUUGUAAAUAUUUAAAGAAAUAACAUAGAACAUUUUUUCUGUCGAGGAGUGUGGGCUUUGAAUCUACCUAUCUGCAUGCAAGUCUCCAGCUGCAGCAGCUGAAAUAAUCACGUUUGAUCUGCAGCAUCGGCCUUUCAUCUCAUCAGUGGCUCUGGUGUCUUCAUCCCUCUCACAGAUGUUUCCGUAUUCAUUGCAGUUUUCUUUUCCUUUGGGAUUGGAGGUAUGUUUUAUUUUCUGUAGUAGUGUGAAAAGCAGAAGGUCCUGUGCACAUGCUCACACCCCCGCCUCGGGGCUUUUCCCACCACAGACCCUGAGCAGAUCAAUGUGAGACGCGGUAGAUUACGUCGCCUGUGAGGUUCUCAGACACGACGCCUCACGCCUGCUGCAGCUCGUUUACAUCAGAGUAAUGUGGGUUUUUUACUACCGGAGAGGCGAGAGUGUGAUUUGUUUGUGAGGUGGGGCGUGAAUCAGUGAUGUGCUUUUGAUUUUCUCUGCAUGCAAACAGCUACAGCACAAUGCUGCAUUCUGCAAUGGGUGCUAAAUCUAAAGCCUAGUUUUUACUUUUCUGUCUGCGGAGGUGCGGAGACGCCAGACCCCUUCAACAGCCACACAAGGACAGAGGGAGUAGAGGGAAAAUUUUUAACUAUGCGUUGAACACAACGAAGAGCCAACGUCUGGGAUCGGUCAGCCGAACAACAGCAGGGUCAAGCCGGGCGUACACUGUGCAACUUUUUCACUCGUAGCACUCAGCUUCAGCUUACACUGUA